CGGUUGUGCAGAAACGAGUCAAGUCUUUGUUGAGUGCUGUGGAGGAACAUGUUGCGUGCAAGGAGGACGAUGUGGGUGCUGGUGCUGGUGCUGGUGUUCAUCGCAUUGUUGCUUGGAACAGCACAGGUGGAUGCGGGCAAUGGGGCGCCCAAAGGUCAAUCGGAGCAAGAAGAGUCGUGGAUCCACCGGCUCAUGGAUCUGGUGGACGAUGACAAGGAUGGCAGCAUCACCAUCCGCGAAACCCAGGAUGUGAUCAACAAGGAGCUCAUGGGCACGCAUCACACUGUCGAGGAGUUUCACAAGGGCGAUGAUGAGCGCGACGAGGGCGAGCUGCUGACGGAGUGGAGGAGCAACCCCAUCCGCCAAUGGACAACAGACCAAGUUGCAGAGUGGGUGCGCGGCCUUGAGCUUGACAGCUGCGUUGACAGCGUCCUCAAGUAUAAGCUCACGGGCAAGGACCUUGCGCACCUUGCUGUGAGCCACGACACGAUCGAGAAGCUGUGCGGCAGCAAGGAGGAUCGCCAGCGCCUCAAGCUGCGCAGUCUCGACGCCGUCCUCUUUGGCCCGGGCCCAGACAACACACGCCUGUCGUACAUCAUCACCGUUGGUGCCGUCGGCGUCAGCGUUCUGCUCCUCCUUGUUGUCGGCUACUACGACUCAAAGACGAAACGGCUUAACAGUGAGCUGAAGCGGGUGGCGAAGGAGGCGUCAGCAAUUACGGAUCUGGAGGGCAAAGUGGAGCAGUAUGAGGCCACGCUCUCAGAGGACGCAGGCCGCACGCAGAAGGAACUCCAGAGCAUGUCCGAGGAGAGCGCAAAGGCGAAGGACGAGGCUGAUGGCCUUCGCAGCGAAAUGAAGCGACUCCGGGAUCAUCAGAAGACUCUCAGGACGAAACUGAAGGAUCUGCUCCAGCAGUCGUACGAGCAAGAGACGCAGCUGUUGACGCUGGUCAAGGAGUUGACGCAACAGCGCAAGCAGCAGGCGCGACGGGAGGCAGAGAAGCUCGAUGCACAGCGCCGCAGUGUCUUUGGCGUCCUUCGUCUCGCCAACAGCGUGCGGCCGUCGCAGUGCGAGACGGAGAUGCACUCUGUGCUUGAGCUGUACGAGCUGCUUGGGCAGGUGGCCAAGGAGCGCUCCGAGCGGUGGACGCGGCUGCAGAAGGCGGUUGGCUUCCGCCUCGUCACAUCGCCACGCGCGUCCACCUCUGCCCUUGCUGCAACCAUCCUCACAUCGUCGUCGUCCUCCCUCCCGGCCACGGCGGCAGCGUCGCCACCGACGCAGAAGAAGGGCGCAAAUCCCAGGCGCACCGCGAGCACGCCCAGCGGUCGCACGCGCAGCAGCAACAGCACCAGCAGCGCGCGCGGUGGGGAUGAUGACGCUGAUGAUGACGGUCAUGGCGAUGGAGGCGCAGGACAGCAGCAGCAGCAGCAGCAGCGUUUCCACACGCUUCCGCACCGCCUUCAUCACCAUCGUCAUCACCACCACCAUGACAAUGAUGGGAACGGGGGCAAGGGCAAAGGCUCGCCGCUGGCCAACGGGUCUGGUGCGGUUGACGCGUGUGCAGGCGAUGAUGGCGACAGCAAUCCCGCCAUCCUCGUAUCCAGCCCACAUGCCACUUCCUGAUGUGUGUGUGUGAUGAAUGUGAGAAGUGUGCGUGCGUGUGUGUGAUGUGUGAGAGAUGUGUGAGAGAUGUGAUGUGUGUGAGAUGUGUGUGUGUGUGUGAUGUGUGUGUGUGAUGUGUGAGAGAUGU